AUGGCUCGACCCGCCAGUGCGCGGCUUCAGGGCAUUGUGACGGUCUCGGGUAUGGUGGCGCUUAUCGGUGCAUUGUCAAUAGCACCUCGAGUCUCAAUCACAAGAACGGAAGACUCUACCAUUAUCAAAUAUGACCAUUUAAAGGCUAGUCCGCACACGCCGCCGCCCUCAGAUCCCGGUGUCAUUAUCAAACCGGGCCCUAGACCAACCAGUACUACAUCUUCACGUCGGAAACCCUUUGCUCCGACCGAUUGGAUCUUCGACACGGGUGCGACGACGCAUGUCUGCAGCAACCGCGCCUUACUUCACGGCUACGACACACUGAAUCCCUACGCUAACACGUGGACCCGCGGGGUUGUGGGAUUUUUUGGACCGAAUCCGGUGCCCAUCGUCGGAGCGGGUGAUUGUACCCUUACACUGCCGGCACUCUCGGCCUCGGGGACACCCGCACCGUCAAAGACGUCCGCGACGCUCGGCGAACGUGUCGUCACCCGAGUGACGGUGCAUAACGUAAUGCACAUCCCAACCGCGGGGGUGAACCUGAUCAGUUGGUCCCAGCUGAAGAGGGCGAAAGGGCUAGACUUGCGGCUUGUGGAAGAGCGGGAUGGCAGUUUGACGGUACGAGAUCGCGACCGGCCGUUGAUGCGUUUUGAGUUGAGGGAUGGCUUGUAUUUCUUGGUUCAGGAUGAGGGAAAUGUGGGAUAG